UGCACUGUCGUGUGAUUUUGCAGCCAGGAUCUGGUUCAGACGUUUUCACUUUUAAGACUUUAAUGAGUACCAGAUUUCUUUCCCAAAGGCCAGUACCACCACGACAGUAAUCUAAUCUUUCUCAUCUCCGGGCUCACAGACUCUUCACAUCCUGGGUUUACACUUUGUGAAGAAACCGAGACCAGAGGGAUCCGACAGAUGUAGAAAACACGUGGUUUGACAGAGAGACUGCAGACUCGGGGCUUCCUUUCUCAUUUGACAUUUUUGUGGUUUUCUGAUUGUAGCCAUUGGAGUACGAGGGGAAACAUCUAUAUUCCUGCAUUGUUUAAUAAAAUAACUACUUGCUUUACUUAAAAAAAAAAAAAAAAAAAAAUCAGAAGGUGAAAGAGAGAGAAGUUCUGAUAUAAUCUCGGCGUGUGGAUGGAGUUUCGACAGAUACGAUGCCUGUUCUGAAACUCUAAACUUUUCUUACCUGCUCCACAUUUUGUGAACGUUACUCUUGUAGAUCCGAAGACGUUUUUCAACAAAGGAAUGCUUUAGAAGAAACAUCAAAUAUCUAGUUUGACUUGACAUUCUUUGCUUGAAGUUUACGCUAUUGCCACAAUGAAAGACGAUUUCACAGAGGAGGAAGAGAUGCAGUCCUUUGGAUACAAGAGGUUUGGAAUUCAGGAGGGCGCCCAGUGCACCAAAUGCAAAAACAACUGGGCACUGAAAGGCGCAAUUGUGCUUCUAUAUGUCCUAUGUGCCUUAUUAACCAUCACUGUAGCCAUUCUGGGGUACAAAGUGGUGCAGAAAAUGGACAUUGUGACAGAAGGCAUGGAAUUUUCACACAAGUCUUACUCAGAGAAACUCACGGCUGUGGAAAGUGACUUGAAGAAACUGGAUGACCAGACAGGGGAAAAAUCUGAGAACACCAACAACGAGUUGUCAGGGUUCAAAUCCGAGAUUCAGGCCCUACAGCAGCAGCUCAGGGAGAUUGCUGACAAGGCCACAAAGAACAAAGAUGUUCUGGAUAAACUGCAAGACGCCGGGCAGUCCAUGCAGUCCAGCCACAGCUCAUUACAGGGCCUGCUUGACAGCAACUCCAAUAUGAUAAAAAAUGUAAACCGCACUUUGCUUACCUAUAGCGGCUACAUCACCAGUCUGCAGGAAGAUACCAAUCGGAUGCAGACAGGCCUGCAGAACCAGGUUCAGUCUCAGAGCACGGUGGUGGUGAACAUUAACAGCCUGAACCUGACCCAGGCACAGCAGAGGACUCUUAUCAGUGCACUGCAGAAGUCUGUGGACGACACCAGCCAGGCCAUCCAGAAGAUCAAGAAUGACUUUCAGAGCCUCCAGCAGACUGUGGUCCAAGCAAGGAAGGACACUGACUGGCUGAAGGAGAAGGUGCAGGCCCUGCAGGUAUUGUCUUCCAACAACUCAGUCUUUGCCAAAUCCAACAAUGACACUUUGAAUGACAUGACCACUCAGCUGAACACCCUAAAUGAGCAGAUGUACAACAUGUCGGCUAUGGCAGACACCCGUGACCAGAGCCUGCGGGAGCUCCUGGAUCACCAGAGCAACCAUGACAACAGGACAGCGGACAAGUUUGACCAGUUCGAGCUGCGUAUGGACCUCGCGGAGAGAGGCAUUGACAACAUCAUCGGCAACAUCAGCUACACCGCCCAGCACCUCAGGGUGCUCACCACCAGCCUCAAUGAUGUCAGGACUUCUUGCACCAUGACUCUGAGCAAUCACGCAGACAAUCUCCUGAACCUCAACAACACUCUAGUGGAUAUCCGUGUAGACACCACAGCCCUUAGGAUGCAGCAGGAUGUCUUGAGGUCCAGGCUGGACCUCGAGGUGUCCAACCUGUCCAUGGUAAUGAAUGAAUUGAAGCUUGUGGACACCAAGCACUCACAGCUGAUUAGCAACUUCACCAUUCUGCAAGGCCCUCCAGGUCCAAGGGGCCCUAGGGGUGAAAAGGGGCCUCAGGGUCCUGUUGGACAGACAGGAUUAAAAGGAGACAGAGGGGAUAAGGGAGAGCCAGGAGUACCCGGGAGCAGAGGAGAUAAGGGGUCUUCUGGGCCAUCAGGACCCCCAGGAAAUAUGGGUUCAACAGGCUCCAGAGGAAACCCUGGUUCUAAGGGCUCCAGGGGCUCAUCUGGAAGAUCAGGCUUGCCAGGGCAGAAGGGAGAACCAGGACUACCAGGAAUCUCGGGGGAUCCUGGAUUGGCUGGCCCUCCGGGACCACAGGGGCCUCAGGGGGUGCGAGGAGAGAUGGGAAUACCAGGACCAGCUGGACCCAGAGGGCUUAUAGGACCCCCUGGACCAACUGGGCCACCAGGCCCUCCAGCAUUCUUAGAAAAUCCAGGAAAACCAGAGGCUCUACACAGCGAAGCCCUUUCAGCAUCAGCAAAACCCAAUGGUUGUCCUCCACAGUGGAUCAGCUUUAGGAACAAGUGCUACUACUUCUCAACAGAAAGGGAUAUUUUUGAUGAAGCCAAAAAACUUUGUGAAGAGAAGUCAUCAACUAUGGUUAUUGUCAGUGACAAAGGGGAACAGCAAUGGUUAAAAAAACAAAUUGCUGACAAGGGUCAUUUCUGGUUGGGUCUGACAGACAAAGAGGAGGAGAAUGUGUGGAAAUGGGUGGAUGGAACCUUUCCUGCAUUCACGAACUGGAAAGAGGGUCAACCUGAUAACUGGCAGCAUGGCCAUGGGCCUGGAGAGGAUUGUGCUGGGAUGAUCCACGCAGGCCUCUGGAAUGACUUCUACUGUGAUGACAUCAACAGGGUCGUCUGUGAAAAAGAAAAUGACAUAGAUACAAUGCCAGGAUCAUAGCACACAUGAAGAGGAUGCAUGGGAUCUUGUCAGACAGAUCUGAAAAGUUACACAAAUGUCUGAAAUAUUUCAGGUAUCUUGGGACCACAUCUUAGUUGUGGAGUCUCAGAAGACGCUUUUUGACAAUAAAAACAAUACGUAGCCAUCUUCCAGUCUGGAAUCUCGGUUCCAUGCAGUUAACUGCAAUAUGUAUAAUCUGUAAGCACGAAACUGAUCAAGAAUUAAGAGGAUAUAUUUGUUAGUUAUAAACAAGACCAUAUUAAAUGCAUAUUUUUUUCUUUUUGUACUUUUUUUUACUAAAAUGCCAUGUGUUAUGCAGAUAUACAAUCCAGUGUAGUUCAGUAUUUACUUAUACCAGAACAUAUAUUUUCUUAUUACAAUUGUGCAUUACAAUUAAUGUGACUUUUCCAGUGCCAAAUAACACGACAAAGCAUUUUUUUUUUUGUUUAAUGUCACUGUCUUUUCUACAAACUGUUUUUGUUCUUUGAGAAUUGUGAAUGAAUUAGUAACCAAUGGCAACAGGAUUUGGUGUUAUUCUUGGGGAUAAAUAUAAAUAUAGCUGAUACAGCAUACGUAAGAAUUGUCCGGGCUCUAUUUAGCUAUACUAGAAACAGAAAUACAAGAAAGGUUAGGUCUCAUUAAUUUAAAAUACAAUUGCAUUAUGUGUUUCAUCGUAUUUUUUUUUUAUAUUAUGUUUUAAUUGUGAAAUCAUAUAUAAUUUAAUGAGAUGGGUUAAAUACUCAUCUUCAUAUUUAUAUAUAUAUAUAUAUAUAUAUAUAU